AAUUUAUUGGUGAGUGCCGAGAGAGCGCAGUUCUGCCGGGUUGGAGAGCGGUAUCAGCCUGUCCCGCGGCCAUGGCGUCUUAUUUCGAUGAACACGACUGUGAGUCGGCGGACCGCGAGCAAGAUGCCCGGAGGAAUAUGCUGCUGGAGCUCGCACGGUCACUCUUUAAUAGGAUGGACUUUGAAAACUUGGGGUUGGUAGUAGAUUGGGAUCACCAUCUGCCUCCACCUGCUGCCAAGACUGUGGUGGAGAAUCUCCCAAGGACAGUCAUCAGGGGCUCUCAGGCUGAGCACAAGUGCCCUGUGUGUCUUUUGGAAUUCGAGGAGGAGGAGACUGCCAUUGAAAUGCCUUGCCAUCACCUCUUCCAUUCCAACUGCAUUCUGCCCUGGCUAAGCAAGACAAAUUCCUGUCCUUUGUGUCGCCAUGAGCUGCCCACUGAUGAUGACACUUACGAGGAGCACAGAAGAGAUAAGGCUAGAAAGGAGCAGCAGAAGCACCAGCUUGAGAGUCUCCAUGGAACCAUGUACACAUGAAGCAGUUGGGGCUGAGCCCUGGUCCUCUACAGUAUCUUCCUCUUGCACCUCAAAUCCUCAUUAAAAGUUUUUUUUACCCACCCUGCAGCUGCAUUGCUAACAGGUCUGGGUAGGUGUUCUGCAACCUCCACUAGGUCCCUGUGGCCAUCGGUCCUAAACAGCAGAGGGCACCAGGCUAGACAUCCCUCCCUGCUAAGCCUGCUGACUUGCCUGGACUCAGGGCAGCUGGGGCUCAGGUUAAGAACCCGGGGGCAGCCAGGGCUUGGGCAUUUGUAUUCACUGUUAUAAAGUAAAAUAUGUCAGGAUCUGGUACCCAGUGACUCAAGACAAUGACACAAACUAGCACACAUCUCACACUCCAUAUACUCUCUAGUCAAUCUUGGAACUCCAGGGUCUUUCUCCGCUCCACUGUGAAAAGUGGCCAUAACAUUUUGAAGUUGCAACCUCCCUUCCUCCCCAGACUCACUAUGGAAUCAAAAUUCAAACCAGAAUUGGUGGGACAGGUGGGAGGAAAUGUGCAAGGCCCACAAGGAGCUUCAGACCUUUAAGGGGUUGUUCUUGACUGCCCCUCUCUUGAGAGCAGGGUAUACUCUUAGACUUCCCAUGGGGUCAGGGACUCCCACCUUUUGUCUAGAGAAACAGGAGGAUCUGACCUUCUUUGACUCCAGAACAGACUACAAACAUGCAAAUUAGAAUUCUUUUAAUAGAUAAUAUAUAUUUAUAUAAAAAGUACUAAAAUACCCAUGUGGUUCUGUUGUAUUAUUUGCUCUAAAGAAAGUAAGGAGUAGGGUGAAGAAUUCCAUUACAGCUCACUGAGCCCAAAGUGGGUCUUCCCACAGACUAAGGAGCCUCACCCCCACCCCUUUUAUUCCUCUUGCUGUUCCCAGCCCCCAGUAACUGCAGCAGGAAACCCCAGUGGUCUGGCCUUGGCACUGGGAAGUAGAAGGCACCUGAAGGGUUGGCUGGGUGAAUGAGAAUAGGUGACCUUUAAA